UCUGAGCCCACUACAACAGCAGCAGCAGCAAGCAGCCACACACCAGGAGCAACCCAGGCCAGGCUCCUCUCCACUGGCAGCAGCAGCAACACCGUCGGGCAGCACCAGGAUGUCAACUGCUCACUUCAACAGGGGCCCUGCCUAUGGACUGUCAGCUGAGGUCAAGAACAAGUUGGCCCAGAAGUAUGAUCCCCGACGGGAGCAGGAGCUUCGGGCAUGGAUUGAGGAGGUUACUGGAAGACGCAUAGGUCCUAAUUUCAUGGAUGGUCUCAAGGAUGGAAUCAUCCUCUGCGAGUUUAUCAAUAAACUACAGCCUGGCUCAGUAAGGAAGGUGAAUGAGUCUACUCAGAAUUGGCACCAGUUGGAAAAUAUUGGGAACUUCAUCAAAGCCAUCACCAAAUAUGGAGUGAAGCCUCAUGACAUCUUCGAGGCCAAUGAUUUGUUUGAGAAUACAAACCACACACAGGUGCAGUCCACCCUCAUUGCCCUGGCCAGCAUGGCCAAGACAAAAGGGAACAAAGUGAAUGUGGGAGUAAAAUAUGCCGAGAAGCAGGAGAGGAAAUUUCAGCCAGAAAAGCUGAAAGAGGGACGGAACAUUAUAGGACUGCAGAUGGGCACUAACAAGUUUGCCAGCCAACAAGGAAUGACAGCAUAUGGUACCCGUCGCCACCUUUAUGAUCCUAAGCUGGGAACUGAUCAGCCCUUGGACCAGGCUACCAUUAGUCUGCAGAUGGGUACCAACAAAGGUGCCAGCCAGGCAGGCAUGACAGCCCCUGGGACCAAGAGGCAGAUCUUUGAACCAACGCUGGGCAUGGAACACUGUGACACACUCAACGUCAGCCUGCAGAUGGGCAGCAAUAAGGGAGCAUCCCAGCGUGGCAUGACGGUGUAUGGCCUGCCCCGCCAGGUGUAUGACCCCAAGUAUUGUCUGACCCCUGAAUACCCAGAGUUGGGUGAUGAGCCUUCUCACAAUCAUCACUCACACAAUUACUACAACUCUGCGUAGAAACUAACCAAAACCCCAGGGAGGGAGUCAGCAGCUGCUCUAGGGGCCUGAAGAAUGGUCAGGCCCAAUCUGCCUUACCACCUGCCUCAAGGUUGUAUCCUUCCAGCCAGGGUGCAGAGUCUGGGGAAAUUGGGGUUGGGAGAGAGGGCUGUGGGAGUCAGGAGAAGGGGGAGACCCAGAGAGAGAAGUAAGAAAGCUCUCUCCUCCUUCCCCUGUCCCUUCGACCCCCUUGCAAAACCCUCACCCAGAGCCUCCUACAUUCUUGGGCCAGCUUUCCACCUUGCCUCUUGCUCAAGGGCUAAGGUCCCUAAUUUGCCCAGAGGUCAGUGCAGGAAUAAGAAGGUCUCUUCCCAGGGGUGGAGGUGAAACCUCAAAUAUACCAAAUAUACCAAGGCUGGACAAUACCCCCAAAAGAAAAGCCUCAAGAAAUCCAAACUACUGAGUGGAGCUGAAAUUGCUGUAUCUCUCCCUUGCCCAGAGAACUCCCCCUCCUUACCCCAUUCCCACAGCCCUGAUCGCCCUCCCCCCCUCCCCCCACUCCCCCCAAAGCAAACUUGUGUCUUGGACUUUUCCCUUCCCAACCCCAGCGCAGUGGGCACAAACUGCAUGCCAAAAGGCCAAGCGGACACACUCGGUUUUGCAUUUUUGCAUUGACUGGCAUUCCUGAAGGCGUUUGUUAAGUGAGCACUUUCUUUUUUAAAAUUUCACUGGAGCACAAUAAAAAUCUAUAAAAACUA